AAUGGCCAUUUAAUUUGCCAAAUGCUUUCCCCCCUUCAAUUGAAUGAUCAUAUGAUUUUUCUUCUUUAGCCUAUUGUGAUGGAUUGCUUUAACUGAUUUUAGAAUCUUUUGUUGUUGUUGUUUUUGAGACAAAGUCUCACUCUUUUGCCCAGGCUAGAGUGCAGUGGUGCAAUCUUAGCUCACUGCAACCUCCAUCUCCCAGGUUGAAGCAAUUUGCUUGUCUCAGACUGCCAAGUAGCUGGGACUACAGGCAUGCAACAUCAUGCCCGGCUAAUUUUUGUAUUUUUAGUAGAGAUGGCCAGGCUAGUCUCGAACUUCCAACCUCAAGUGAUCCGCCCACCUCAGCCUCCCAAAGUCCUGGGAUUACAGGCAUGAGCCACCAUGCCUGGCUAAUAUUUGAAUGUAAGCCAGCCUUGUACUCCUGGAAUAAACCCCAUCAGGUCAUGGAGUAUGGAUUUUUUUUUAAUCACAACAUUCCAUAUCCUAGUAUUUUAUUGAUAAACGUUGUGUCUGAAAUCAUGAGUGUUCCAUCUGGCCAAAUAUGUGGCUGGAAUUUUCCCAAAAGUGGUGACAGGAGUUCCCAAAAGGGACUGUUUCAAACAGUCCUGCAAUAGGACCCGUUAGGAUUCCAAAGAAAGGAGCAUUAAACACCAGGGUAAUUAGUCAAAUCGUUUUUCAGAGGACCUUUCAUCUGGGGGUGGGUGCUGCAGUGUGUCCUUGUGUUGAGCAGCGGAGGGAACAAAAGCCCUCCUUGUGUGUGUCCGCAAUGAGAAGUCUGCGUUACGGAGAUUGUACGAUGGCUCAGAUCCGGGGCCAGUUUCUACGUGUUUAGCAACAUGUUAGAUCUUUCAGUAUUUCAGGCAACAACCUGUUUAUUGGUGCCUGGGCAUUUCAAUCCCUAGCUUACAUUUAACCCUGCAGAAGAAGACAUACACUUGGUAGGAUCGCAGAGCUGUCAAGGCACCUUGCAUUUCUAGGUCAGGACACAGAAAGCAGGGGAAUUGGGGGCCAUUACAAUGAGCAACGUCGGUCAAUGGUUUUACUUUUUCUGUUUUCACUUUAUCUGAUUUUGGUGUUUGGUGUAAAUUCUGGACUCCCAAAAUAAAUGGGAAAGUGUUCCUCCAGUGCCGCCACCACCCCUGACUUUUUUCGCAUGACAUUUUGUUGAAUUGGUGAAACAAGGUUUCUCUUGUGGAAGAUUUGAGUUACAUAUUCAAUUUAAUGGGUUUCGACAGAUGAUUCUUUUUCAAGAAUUGUUCCAUUUCCUCUAAAUUUUCUAAUUUGUGGAGUUAUUUCAGGUGUUAUUACUCCCUUCAAGACAGAAGGUUCUGUAGUUAUAUCCCUUGUUUUACUCCUAAAAGUGGUUAUGUGUGUCUUUUUUCUUUAUCUUUGUUAAUCUUCUUAGAUGUUCAUAAAUUUUAUUGUGUGGAGUGCACUGGUGCCAUCUUGGCUCACUGCAACCUCUGCCUCCCAGGUUCCUGCGAGUCUCCUGCCUCAGCCUCCUGAGUAGCUGCGAUUACAGGCAUGUGCCACCACGCCCAGGUAAUUUUUGUGUUUUUAGUAGAGAUGGGUUUUCACCAUAUUGGCCAGGAUGGUCUCCAUCUCUUCACUUCAUGAUCCCCCCACCUUGGUCUCCCAAAGUGCUGGGAUUACAGGCGUGAGCCACCGUGCCUGGCUGUCACUGAUUUUCUAUGUGUGAUUUUCUUUUAUUUCUAUUCUGAUCUGUCUUGUUUUCUUUUUUUCUACUUGCUUUGGUUGUAUAUUGUUGUUUGCAGUUUCUUGAGGUGGGAGCUUAGAUUAUUAUUAGAGACUUUAUUUUUUAUUUCUAUUUUUUUUGAGACAGAGUUUGGUCUUGUUGCCCAGGCUGGAUUGCAAUGGCGCGAUCUCGGCUCACUACAACCUCCACCUCUCAGAUUCAAGCAACUGUCCUGCCUCAGCCUCCCAAGUAGAGUUGUGUGACCUUCGAGGACGUGUUCGUGUACUUCUCUCGAGAGGAGUGGGAACUCCUUGAGGAGGCGCAGAGAUUCCUGUACCGUGAUGUGAUGCUGGAGAACUUUGCCCUUGUGGCCACACUGGGUUUUUGGUGUGAAACAGAAAAUGAGGAGGCACCUUCAGAGCAGAGCAUUUCUUUAGAAGGAGUGUCACAGGUCAGGACUGCUGAGUCAGGUCUCUUCCAAGCACACCCAUGUGAGUUGUGUGACCCACUCUUGAAAGACAUUUUGCACCUGACUGAACACCAGGGAUCACACCUUGCACAGAAACUGUAUACACAUGGGCCGUGUAGGAGAAGAUUCUCAUUCAGUGCACAAUUUUACCAGCACCAGAAGCAACGUAAUGGAGAGAAUUGUUUCCGAGGGGAUGAGGGAGGGGCCUCCUUUAUGAAGAGCUGUACAAUCUGCAUGUUAGGGAGAUCCUUUACCUGCAGGGAGGAGGAGAUGGACUUACCAGACAGCUCUGGCCUCUUCCAGCACCAGACCACUUACAGUAGGGUGAGUCCAUGCGAAAGGACUGAGUGCAUGGAGUCUUUCCCACACAGCUCCAGUCUUGGGCAACACCAAGGAGACUAUGAUGGACAGAUGCUUUUCGUUUGUGGUGAUGAAGGGAACGCCUUUCUGAACACCUUUACUCUUCUUGACAGCCAGAUAGCACAUGCUGAGGUGAGACCCUUUACAUGCCUCCCACGUGGAAAUGGGUUCAAGGAGAAAUCAGCUCUUAUUAAUCCCAGAAAAAGCCACAGUGGAGAAACAUCUCAUGUGUGUAAGGAGUGUGGAAAAGCCUUCAUUCACUUGCACCACCUAAAAAUGCACCAGAAAUUUCACACUGGAAAAAGACAUUAUACGUGCAGCGAAUGCGGGAAGGCCUUCAGCCGCAAGGACACACUCGUUCAGCACCAGAGAGUUCACACUGGAGAAAGAUCUUAUGACUGCAGUGAAUGUGGAAAAGCCUACAGCAGAAGCUCCCACCUUGUUCAACACCAGAGAAUUCACACAGGAGAAAGGCCUUAUAAGUGCAACGAAUGUGGGAAAGCCUUCAGCCGUAAAGACACACUUGUUCAGCACCAGAGAUUUCAUACUGGAGAAAGGCCUUAUGAGUGCAGUGAAUGUGGAAAGUUCUUUAGCCAGAGCUCCCACCUUAUUGAACACUGGAGAAUUCACACUGGGGCAAGGCCUUAUGAAUGCAUAGAAUGUGGAAAAUUCUUUAGCCAUAACUCUAGCCUCAUUAAACAUCGGAGGGUCCACACGGGAGCAAGGUCCUACGUGUGCAGCAAAUGUGGGAAGGCCUUUGGCUGCAAAGACACACUCGUUCAGCACCAGAUAAUCCACACUGGAGCAAGGCCUUAUGAGUGCAGUGAAUGUGGGAAGGCCUUCAGCCGUAAAGACACACUUGUGCAGCACCAAAAAAUCCACACUGGAGAAAGGCCUUAUGAGUGUGGUGAAUGUGGCAAAUUCUUCAGCCACAGCUCCAACCUUAUUGUACACCAGAGAAUUCACACUGGAGCCAAGCCUUAUGAGUGCAGCGAAUGUGGAAAAUGCUUUAGCCACAACUCCAGCCUCAUUCUGCACCAGAGAGUUCACACAGGAACAAGGCCUUACGUGUGCAGUGAGUGUGGGAAGGCUUACAUUAGUAGCUCCCACCUUGUGCAGCACAAGAAAGUACACACUGGAGCAAGACCUUACGAGUGCAGUGAAUGUGGGAAAUUCUUCAGCCGCAACUCUGGCCUCAUCCUGCACCAGAGGGUUCACACUGGGGAAAAGCCUUAUGUAUGCAGUGAGUGUGGGAAAGCCUACAGCCGAAGCUCCCAUCUCGUUCGUCACCAGAAAGCACACACUGGGGAAAGACCUCAUGGGUGCAACAGUUUUGGUGACCCUUUACCUGCAUCUCUUAAACUUGUUUAACACCAGAAAAUUCACACAAGAGAAAGGCCUUACGAAUCCAGAAAAUGUGUCAUCUUGUUCAUCCUCGUAGGACUCACACCAGAGUGAUGCUCUCUGAGUACCCUUUGUGAGAGAGCCAUCAGCUAGCAGCAGAUAAGCCGUCUAUAUUCAUUCCACCCUGGAAAGAUUCCUGGUAAGCCCCGCGUGUAUGGGAAGCUUUCGUGAGGUGUGUUGCACUUUGUAACUAUCUGGGGCUCCUGAUGGAAUUUAUUUCACUGCCAGUGCCUGUGGCGGAAGCCAUCCUAUUCCUACCAGCUGUGUGUGUCCGUCACUCCAUUUUGCUCAGGGAAGGCAGACUCCUGUGCUUUCUUUCCUCUUCCCUGCAGGGAAUCAUGAGUAUUUUCAAAGGACCACCCCCAACUCCCCCCCCCACCAUUGAGAGUCCUCAGCUUUUCCUCCAUGAUUAGGUUCCGAGCAAAGUGAUCUAGCUCUGACCAGAAGGACCCGAACUAGGGUCUGCUGGGAUUUCAUGACAGGAACUCCCAUCGUCGCGGACACUGCUGACUGUGAAUGUGAUCGCUGUGUCUUACCUGUGCUGCCAGAUCUCCCAGCUUUGGAACUGCUUGCCCCAUGCUGCUCUGCUUCAUACAGUGAUAAAGGCCAAUGGUGGCAGCCUUUACUCUUGGGGGUUCUGUUACUGUGUAGACUGGACUGAGAAAAGAAUUGGGUUCUGUCAUGAAGGGAGUAACACCUUUUAUGGACACCACCUCUGUGUGCCUCAGAGGAGACCGACCAUAGGAUGGCAGAACACAGUUCUCAGUCUAGCUUGACCUAAUUCGUACCAUUGCCCUAGGUCUGCUAGGAAAGAGUAAAAAGUUUUUUGUGCCUAACUUUGUGGCCUGGCUGCCGGGACUUCCUGUGAGCCCAGUGAGGAGGGCAUAGUUGGUGUGAAAGUCUCCUGUGCUUCUGGAAGCAACAUAAGUUGGGUCCCUUGACUGGCACGUACUCCCGAGCACUGUUGAGGGAUUGCUGUCUUCAGUACCUAUACAGGAUCGAGUCCCUGAUACCCAGAAUCCCAUAGGCGAGUGACACUGACCGUGAGACCUCUGUCGGGCAAUGUGAAAAUCAUGAUUGGCACAGAAACACUGAGACAAUGGAGUGGGGAUGACUGUGGCAAGCAAAAGAUUUGAACAUUCUAGAGAGGCGUCCGCAGAUACCAGUGCAGUUAUGAUGGUGUGGGAUGGGGCUGCACAGAAAUUCUCAGGACCUUCAGGCACCUGUAUCUCCUGUGGCCAAGGCCACUGUCAGACUAAAUCAUGUAAAUGUUUGUGGAUUUCUGUGUCUCCCUGGGCAGUUGACCUUGUAGCCAUCACUGCACAGACAGGAACCCCAGCACUGACAGAGGAGCGAUCCAGGAACGGGUCUUCUCUGACCCACCAGCAUUCCUAGUGACUGAGAUGGACAUGGACUUCAUUGCCCAUCCAUUUUCACCAACAUUGAGGCAGGGCUCACUCUCCUCAAUUGUAGGGAGAGGAAUAUGGUUGAUUUUCCAAGUGGAACAGUAUAUAUAGUUUUUAAUGAGGAACAUUUAUUUAACACCUUUACGGAGGUAUUAACAUGCAAUAAACUGGAACUAAAGUAUAAAAUGUGCGUGUUUCAGCAUGGAUACACCUGUGAAACCACCACAGUCUAGCUACCCGACCUCACAACAGAUUGUCCCUUUAUAAUCCUUCUCAAUCUUCCCUCGUCUUGUUUUCCACAAUUCACAAGCAACAGCAAGCAUUUUCUAUAAUCUUAUAAGUGAAGCUGUACGGUGUGUACUUUUGUGGGGAGCUGUUGCCUUUUCAGUAAACAACUAUUUUAAGGUUAAUCCAUUAUCUCGUUGCAUGAAUCAAUUGUUUGCUCAUUUGUAUUGCUGAGUAGUAUUUCAUUGUAUACCCAAGUUUUCUUUUUUGCCAACUUAAUUGUUAGAUGUUUAGGCUGUUUUCAGUUUCUGGCUGUUACAAAUAAACCUUUGAAGCUUUGUGCGCAA